AUAGUCAAUGCUUUAUAGCCUCACAUUAAUACUUAUAAUUCUAAUUUUUUAUUACAAGCUUUUGUCAAUAGAGAAAUAAAAAACAAAAGGGAACAAAAAUUCUUACAUCAAUACUGUGAUUGAUUCUUCUAUUGAACUGUAUCGGAUAAUACGUAACGAAAACGACAAACAAAAUGUGCAGUCUCGAUAAGCGUGAAAAUCUAUGGAUCCUAACAAUCACCGGCGACGAUCAAAACCGCCUCAAUCCAACGCUAAUCGAUUCCCUUCUCACAACCAUAACAAAUCUCGCCACUCAAUCCACUCCCGGUUCCGUCCUCAUCACCACCGCCAAAGGCAAAUUCUUCUCCAACGGCUUCGACUUGCUAUACGCUCGCGCCGCCGGCUCCAAAACCGCCGCUGCCGUUCGUCUUCAAUCAAUGGUGGACGCUCUCAAACCCGUCGCCGCAGCGUUGAUCUCGCUUCCCAUGCCGACGAUCGCCGCCAUCAACGGUCACGCCUCCGCCGCUGGAUUCUUACUCGCGUUGUGUCAUGAUUAUGUGAUGAUGAGAAGUGAUCGAGGCGUGUUGUAUAUGCCGGAGGUGGAUCUAGGUUUGCCGUUGCCGGAUUAUUUUACGGCGGUGAUGAGGGAGAAGAUCAAGUCGCCGGCGGUGCUGAGGGAUGUGUUGUUGGGGGGUGUGAAGGUUAAGGGGAGAGAGGCGGUUGAGAUGGGGAUUGUGGAUUCGGCGCAUGAUAGUGCGGAGAGUGUGGUGGAGGCUGCUGUGCGCUUGGGGGGAGAAUUGGCGGAGAAGAAAUGGGUGGGGAAAGUGUAUGGUGAGAUAAGGAAGAGUUUGUAUCCUGAUGCGUGUAAGGUUUUGGGAUUGACUCCAAUUUCACUCGUAUCUAAGAUUUGAAUUGAGUUUUAGUCUUUUUCAGAUUGCAACUUUUUCAUUGGAUUGUUUAAUCAUUGAAUUGGGGAUAAGUCUGAUAAAAUUAGAUGUCAGUGUAUUUUUGUUCGGUCAAAGGUACUCCGUAUCAUCUUGGUUAUAUUAAUCAUGAACUCAUAAUGGGUAUAAAUAAGAGGUACUAUUAUUGUUGCAAUGUGACUUUGUUGCAAUUAUAAUAUUGUAAACACACGAAUUGUGCAUUUUAA